UUUUGUCUUUGAUUUAAAUAAUUACGUCCCGUGAUCACAUCAAAUUGAUUGACAGCUAAAGCUAUCACAUGAAUACCACGAUGGGGUACCAAUACCAGAAGAAAAUGAUUAAAAUACUUUAAAUCAUCAAGAUGUAUCAACAAAAUUUUAUAUAAACAUUCUGCACCAUCAAGAACAUUUUCUCAUGCGACUGCUUUGCAAGAAAUUUCAGCAUGCUCGGAAACACAUCGUCAACGAUCUCAGGGACACCAAUAUUUUUAGCAAAACAUGUAGAAGAAUUGCAUUUCAAGCUUCAAUACUUAUACUGGGAGGCGUUUUCAUUGCCUAUUUGUACACAUUAUCUUUAGUUUUCCAACAUUCCGUAGCGCAUUUCUUAGUAGUCAACUUUUCUCAAUUCGGAAUCUCUACUUGCAAUCAGUAUUACAGUAUUCUACAGUUCCUCUAUUUAAUGGUGAUUUUAGUGUUUUCAGGAAAUAAAAGAAAUUUCCUCCAUUGUUCCAAUUAUUCAUUGAAGAGCAAUUCGGAACAAUUAACUAGAAAGUCCUUGAGAAAACGCGCAACAAUUAUGGCUGUCAACUGCUUAUGGUUUUUCCUAGACAAAACUAAAACUUGUUUUUUAACUAUUUCUAGGUUCGUUAUGCAGAUCGCAGCAUAUCUUACUAAACCUGAGGACAAAAAGAAACUUUUAAAAUCAAGUCACGCAUACGGUUUCAACGAUGUUGAAUUUUCGUUUAGCGAAUUAAAUACAAAACAUGAAAUGUACUUACACCAUUGAAACGGAAGCGGCAUUGUAAGAUAUAAAAAUUUUGUUCAUAUUAAUGAGCAUUGAGAAGUCAAAAAUGAACAAUAAUGAAUCACCAUUAAGUCAAAAUGACGAGAAAUUUCUCGCGGGCGCUCAGUCUUAUUCUUCCGUUCCACGUGCUUCACGAACUCCUCUGCAGAAAUACGAAGAUAUAGAAACGAGAUCACAGAAUGAUCAGUGCUGCGCGUCAAGCAAUAGCAGACUAAGAAGGAAUAAUUCUACAUUUAAUAGGUUUAGUUGGAGUCAUUUGUUCUCCUUUCUGCCUGCGUGGAUGAAGAAUGCAAGUCCUACUGGUCCGACUGGUUUUGAUUCGGCCGCGGAAUCCAAGUCUAAAGUAAAUGUUCCAAACCAAAACACGACCCAUGUCCAAAUGUGUCAUAAAUGUACACCAGAGAGUCUGGGACAACAAUCAUUAAAUCAUGAAUUUUCAUACAGAAAAUAUCCUAAAAAAUCUUCAUUCGAACGCAUUAUCUGCAUAAAAAAUUUUGAUGAUACCUCCACUAUCGAUCAAAGGGGUUGUUGUAACCCUAUGACUACGGGCACCGCCUCAUCAAGAUCUUGUAAUUCGAAACUAAUUCAAGUUGGAAUAGCUGAAGUGCCCGCACAUAGAACAAAGCGUAACGCAUGUAUAUGCAAGCAAGAAACACAGAAGGCGCCCGAACCAGAAAAUAGCUCUUGCCAACAGUCUCUAUCAGAAAAAGUGUGGGAAUAUUUACAGUCGUUGAUCUCCUCUCACCGAAACGAUUGUCCACGUUGUAAAAAUAAACGAAGCAACGAUGGGCGUUGCCCAAACCUAAAGCUAACCCCUCCAAGCUCACCAUGUGGAAGUCCUAGGCCACCUUGUCAGAAACCUGAACCAACAUGUCCGAACUACAAACCACCAUGUCCGAACUACAAACCACCAUGUCCUUACAAACCACCAUGUCUGCAAUCAAAACCGAAACCCAAGAGCUCAAACUCUGGUUCCUGCUGUAUCAAGCGUUCCACUGAUUCCAGUUUAUGCAAAGAGUCCGUAUUAGAGCUAGUUAAAGAAUAUGUUAAACAAAUUACAUCUGAACACAAAAAUACCUGUCCACUUUGCAGUCAACAGCCUAAAUGUUGCCAACCCACAGUACCGUCUUGUUUGCGAUACAUGCUGGAACAAGCCUGGGAUUAUAUUAAAAAGACUUGUGAAUAUAAUUUUAGUAACCCAGUUCCUCCUCCUCCUGCUCUCCCUCCUCCUACAGUGCCUCCUUGCCCGAAUCCGGGAAUUUUAAAAUAUACAACUUCUAAAUCGGCGUGUGGUUGCGGCAUCUCUAAACCAGACAGUGCAGACAAAAAGGCAACUCAAAAGUGUAUUUGUUCGUCGUCGCCAUUGCCGCCAAUGCCGCCAAAGCCGUGUAGAUCUGAGAUGGAGGAUACUCACGAACGUAGACCUUGCUGCACGCCAUGCUGCAGGCACAAUCCCCCAAGUAUACAGCCGUCGCAAUCAUAUAAUGGAUCCCAUGAUAAAUCUUCCUGUUUGUCUCAAUCAAAAGCCAAAAACCAAUCGAUAUAUUCAUAUAAUGACUUUCAAACAUAUAAUGACAUUCUAUCAUAUAAUGACCUUCAAUCAAAUAAUGACCUUCAAUCAAAUAAUGACCUUCAAUGCUAUGAUGAUCCGUUUUGUAAAGUGAGUUUCAGUAGGUGCCCCUCUGCAAGUAUGUUAGAACGUGAAAUAAUUGGUUACCGUAGUAGCACCGAAUGUGGAAGAAAUAGGAAACGUUCAAACGGCAUGCAAGGUUUGAGCCUAACUAUGGCCCCAAAAGACCACAAAUUCUGCACUUCCCCCAAUGAUUGUAAACAUGCAAAAUCAGCUCUUGAGAAUACGGAAAAAGAGCAGGUUGCAGAGGACUGUGACGAGACUUGUUCAGGACCUUGCAAUGUUCCAAAAUGUUGUGAUAUUGAUAAUUCCGAGCAAGAAGCGCAGCCUCCUGUGCUGGAGUGUUCAGGAAGCUGCUCGGGACGGCAGUCGCAACACAAGACCGUGCUGAGGACAGAGCGCGACGAGGAAGCCGAAUAUGAAGCCAUGCUCGAAAAAAAAUUUGCAGAAAUGGUUGCAAAAAAACUGGAGAAGGCACAAGAAGUUUGCGAUGAGGGAUGCGACUGCUUGACUUGUAUCGCAACCGCUGUUACUUCUCACAGAGGUCGUGGUGGAUCGGAUAACCAGAAAGAUCCACACAACUACAGAUAUUAUUAUUGAGAUAAUUUGGCAAGAAGAUCAUAAGUAAUCCUCAAAAGCGAUUGCUACAUCUUUGGGCCGAUUGCUUACAUAUUUUAUAAUCUCAAUGAUUAAGAAAGACAGGUGGUAGAGUGCGUAAUCUUUCAAUUAAACCAAAUAAU